AUGUCCAGCCUAAAACUAUCAUCACAAGAGCUAUUAACUUUCAACAGUUAUUUGUCAAACUUUCAAGAAAUCAAUUGUGAAAUUUUAGCAAUCUCUCCGGAUUCCCUAGAAUCUCAUAUCGCAUGGUAUUGCGCGCCAAUUCAGAAGAAUGGACUUGGUGAAAAUGUCCACUUUCCAUUACUAGAAGAUAAAAAUAUGAGAAUCUGCAAAGCAUAUGGAGUUUCUAAUGAGGAUAAUGGAAGUGCUUUAAUGAGCAUUUUUGUAAUCGAUACAAACGGAUUGAUACGUAUUACUGUAUGUUUAGAUAAAGGAAUACACUUUUCUGUAAAGGAUAUACUGCGAAUGGUGAGAGAUUUACAAAUGAAAGAUAAGGAAGAUGAAUUGGAUAUUUUAAGACAUUCGGAAACACCAGUAACAACGACGCCACUUGAUUAG